AUGGCUUCUCUCUCCUCUUCUCACUCUUCUGCUCUAUCUUGCUCGGUGUGUCACAUGUUUAGCUACUCCUCUGCCUCCUUUGACGGUAAUGAUACCUGUACUAAGUGUAGUUUGUUUGCAGUCUUGGAGGCGAGGCUUAGUGAGUUAGAAAUGCGGCUCCACACCAAGGAUAGCCAGUUAGCUCCAGUUAUUAGCCAGCCCCCAGUAACCGGUGCGAGCCGUCCCAUAGCCAGUGUUAACAUAACUGCUAAUCCCCCGGUAGUUCCCAAGCAGCUGGGAAACCAGGGCUGGGUGACUGCUCGAAGGAAGCAUAGCCCCAAACAGAAGCCCACGGUUCACUACCAACCACUUCAUGUUUCAAACAGAUUCUCCCCACUCAGCAACACACCUGCUGAGGAACAGACUCUGAUCAUUGGUAGCUCCAUAGUCAGAAAUGUGAAAUUAGCGACACUAGGGACCAUAGUCAAAUGUAUUCCUGGGGCCAGAGCGGGCGACAUAGAGUCAAAUUUAAAACUGCUGGCUAAGGAUAAACAUAGGUACAGUAAGAUUAUCAUUCAUGCCGGUGGAAAUGACCCCCGAUUACGCCAAUCAGAGGUCACAAAAAUUAAUGUUGAGUCGGUGUGUACAUUCGCUAAAACAAUGUCGGACUCCGUAGUUUUCUCUGGGCCCCUGCCUAAUUUGAUCAGUGAUGACAUGUAUAGCCGCAUGUCAUCAUUUAACCGCUGGUUGUCGAGGUGGUGUCCAGAUAAUGAUGUGGGCUUCGUUGAUAAUUGGCAAACUUUUUGGGGAAGACCUGGUCUGAUUAGGAGAGACGGCAUACAUCCCACUUUGGAUGGAGCUGCUCUCAUAUCUAGAAAUAUGGCCGAAUUCAUUGACCCAAACCCAUGACAACCCAGAGUCCAGACUAGGAGACAGAGCUGCAGUCUUACACGCUUCUCUG